UUCAUUCAUCCUCGGACAGAUUGUGCAUUUAUUCUGCACAUUUUAUGCACUGACCUGCUAAGAACCUGAGUGGCGCACAGUCCCGGGAACAAAGUUACUAAAGAAGAGAAAAAGACAGAAAAAAGAGACAGUAAAGAAGAAAGAAAUAAAAGAAGGAAAGAGACACGAACGACGGAUCUGACAGCGGGUGAUGCCACUGUAGAUGCCAUUGUAGAUGCCAGUGUAGAUGCCAGGCAGGGCGAUGUCCCGUCGCAAGCAGGGGAACCCUCAGCAUCUAUCACAGAGGGAGAUCAUAAACACAGUAGCUGAGCAUGUGGAUGCAGAACUAUCUCUGGCCGAACUCGGCCGCCACACCCCCACCCUCUUGGACCCCAACAUGGUGGCCCCGCUGCCCCCGGGACUGGGAGACCAUGACCUCCUGACCUGCGGCCAGUGCCAGGAGACCUUCCCUCUGGGCCACAUCCUGCUCUUCAUCGAGCACAAAAAGAAGCAGUGCCAUGGCCCGCCCGGCACUCACGGCUGCUACGACAAGAUGGUGGACCGGAGUAGCCCCUCUCCGCCUCGCGCCGAGCUGAGAAAGGUGGAGGAACCGGUGGAAAUCGGAAUCCAGGUGACACCCGAGGACCAGGAGGACAGGCUGCUGACGCGUCCGAAAGGAAUUUGCCCCAAGCAGGAGGGUGGCUUGGCAGGUAGAGACGAACCUUCCAGCUACAUCUGUACGACCUGUAAGCAGCCUUUCGCCAGUGCCUGGUUCCUCCUGCAACACGCUCAGAACACUCACGGCAUCCGCAUCUACCUGGAGCCCAACGGUUCCACCACUUCGCUCACCCCACGGAUCACCCUUCCUCCUCCUAUUGGUGCUGAUUCCAUCCCCCAAUCGCCUCUCACUAACUUUCUCGGGGACACCAACCCCUUUCACCUUCUCCGGAUGACCGCCCCGCUUCUCCGUGAACCGACACCAAGCUUCAUGGAGAACCGUCUCCCGAACACCCCGCCAUUCGUCAGCCCCCCUCCUCGCCACCAUUUAGACCCUCAUCGCCUGGAACGCCUUAGCGCGGAGGAAAUGGGUUUGAUUUCCCAGCAUCCCAGUGCCUUCGAGAGAGUGAUGCGUCUGACGCCCAUGGCCAUGGAGACGCAGUCUAUGGAUUUCUCGCGCCGCCUACGAGAACUGGCCGGCAACAACAACUCCACCCCUCCGCUCUCACCCAGUCGUGCCAACCCUAUGCAUCGUCUGCUCAACCCCAACCCCUUUCAGCCCAACCGCAAGUCGCCCUUUCUGAACACCCCUCCGCUGCCGCCCAUGCCCCCGAACAGCACCACGCCACCUCAGACCCAGGACAAAAGCAAGUCCUGCGAGUUCUGUGGCAAGACCUUUAAGUUUCAGAGCAACUUGAUAGUGCAUCGGCGAAGCCACACCGGAGAGAAGCCUUACAAGUGCCAGCUUUGUGACCACGCCUGCUCUCAGGCCAGCAAGCUAAAGCGCCACAUGAAGACCCACAUGCACAAAUCUGGCUCCGUGACGGGGCGAUCGGACGACGGUCUUUCCACCACCAGCUCGCCUGAACCGGGCACCAGCGAUGUUACCGGGGAGAACAUGAAAAACAGGGAUGGCGACUUUCAAGGGGAGGGUCUAGGGGCCGAGAACGAGGAAGAGGAGGAGGAAGAAGAGGAGGAGGAACUGGAAAACGAGAGCAGGCCCGAAUCAAACUUUAGUAUGGACUUCGAGUUCAGUCGUAACCGGGAAAAUGGGGCCAAACCCCCUGCUGAUGAAAAGAACCUGUCGCUGGGUAAAAUAGUAGACACUGUCGGGCUGAACUCUAUCCAGCAGUAUAAUAAUUUAAUCGUUGACAAUCGUAAAAGGCUUCCAUUCUCUAAAAGAGGUUCAGAGGGACAGAGAGACACUGGGGAUGAGGACUCUGUGGUUGAGGAAAUAGACAGAGUGCAGAGGACCACGGUAAACGGCAGGAACUGCGGCUCAGGCGACUCUUUCUCAGGCCUGUUUCCACGCAAGCCCACCCCCAUCACCAGUCCCCACCUCUCCAACUCCUCCAAAAGGAUAAAAAUCGAGAAGGACUUGGAUAUGCCGCCAGCACCUCUAAUCCCUUCCGAGAACGUCUACUCCCAAUGGCUGGUGGGUUAUGCGGCAUCUAGGAACUUUAUCAGAGACCCCUUUCUUGGCUUCACUGAUUCCAGACAAUCCCCUUUCGCGACGUCCUCCGAGCACUCGUCAGAGAACGGCAGCCUGCGCUUCUCCACCCCGCCGGGGGACCUGCUGGACGGCGGCCUCUCCGGGCGCAGCGGCACGGCCAGCGGAGGCAGCACGCCCCACCUGUCCGGCAGCGGCGGCCUGGGACGUCCCAGCUCCAAGGAGAGCCGGCGCAGCGACACGUGCGAGUACUGCGGCAAGAUUUUCAAGAACUGCAGCAACCUGACGGUGCACCGGCGCAGCCACACGGGGGAGCGGCCCUACAAGUGCGGGCUGUGCAACUACGCCUGCGCGCAGAGCAGCAAACUCACCCGCCACAUGAAGACGCACGGGCAGCUGGGUAAGGAAGUGUACCGCUGUGAUAUUUGCCAAAUGCCCUUUAGCGUCUACAGCACACUCGAGAAACACAUGAAAAAGUGGCACGGCGAACACUUGAUGACGAACGAGGUCAAAAUCGAACAAGCCGAGAGAAGCUAA